UGCCCGCUCCUCCAAAAACCUGCUCCCCCUCAGACUCCUUCUAAUCAUAUCCCUCAAUGGCCGAUAACACUAAGCAAGAUCACCUCCCCGAUUCCUACUUUCGAUUCCGCCGCGAUGAUUUCUUCCCCGAACCCUCCUUCCGCAGCUGGUCCUCCUACCUCUCCUCCCUCUCCCAAACCCCUCACCGCCUCCUCGCCCGCCUCCUCGCCCGCUCCACCGAUUCCGAAGAACUCACCACCCUCCGCAGCCGCAGCGAGCACGAUAUGCAGCGCUCCCUCUCCUGGUGGGAUCUCACCUGGUUCGGCUUCGGUUCCGUCAUCGGCGCCGGAAUCUUCGUCCUCACAGGCCAAGAAGCUCACCAACACGCCGGCCCCGCCAUCCUCCUCUCCUACAUCAUCUCCGGUAUCUCCGCCAUGCUCUCCGUUUUCUGCUACACCGAAUUCGCCGUCGAAAUCCCCGUCGCCGGCGGAUCCUUCGCCUACCUCCGCGUCGAACUCGGCGAUUUCGCCGCCUUCAUCGCCGCCGGUAAUCUCAUCCUCGAAAUGAUCAUCGGCGGUGCCGCUGUAUCCAGGGCUUGGACCUCCUACCUCGCCACUCUCAUCAAUCGCCCCCCUAAUUCGCUUCGCAUAAGCACAGAUCUCGCUGAAAACUUCAAUCUACUGGAUCCGAUCGCCGUCGUGGUUCUGUUCUUGACGGCGGCGAUCGCCGUGCUGAGCACCAAGAAGACCUCUUAUUUCAACUGGGUUGCUUCCGCGAUACAUGUGGUGGUGAUAUUGUUCGUCAUAAUAGCGGGAUUCGCUCACGCGAAAACGGAGAAUUUAUCGCCGUUUUUGCCGUUUGGAGUUGAGGGUGUUUUUCGAGCGGCGGCGAUAGUGUAUUUUGCGUACGGAGGGUUUGAUAAUAUCGCCACCAUGGCUGAGGAGACGAGAAAUCCGUCGCGAGAUAUUCCGUUGGGAUUGCUCGGGUCGAUGACGAUUAUCACUGCUAUCUAUUGCUUGAUGGCGCUCUCCCUCAGUAUGAUGCAGAG